AAAAGUGGGUUGACAACACACCUUCCUGGAUGCCUGGCAUCUAGGUGAGGGACAAAGGGGUAGCCUCGAGGCCAGAGUGCUUUUCUAUCCCAGAGGCACUGAGUUGCACUUCCAGAAGUGCACCCCGGGUGUGAGGAACGGAGACAGACGCAGAAGUGUGCCAUCAAGGCUGGACCCGGCCUCUGUGGGUGGGCAGUGUGACUGAGGACUCGUUCCUGUGGUGGGAGUCUUGCCCCCGGAGGGGCUCUGAGGGCACAGGUGGCAGUGCUUAGGCCGGUGUGGAGCCUUCCUGCCUAGAGGCCUGUGGUGUGGGCCCGCCCUGGGACGGGCAAUGGGGGGCCUGGUCCCAGGGCAGGCUCUGUAAUGACUUGGUGUGACCUUGGGCAGGGCCUGAGACCAGGGAGACAACCGGGCUCUGACGGACUGCAGCUAGAACCUCAGUGCGGAAGGCCAGCAACAAAACGGGGUUCGUGCUCUCCAGGACAGUGGUCGGGGGAGUGUGCGCAAGGGGGGGUACUUGCUCCAGGGUGGGUCACAGCAGUGACUGGCCUGAGUAAAGAAGGGCCAGUGCCACUCCAAGGAUCGGAGUCCAGUAGGGUGUCGACUGCCUCCCAGCAGCCAAUCCAUCCGGGGCACCUCCGGGUCAGGCCUCCGCUGGGACAGGAAUGGAGAGGCUUGGGGCUCCUCACGUGCCCCCGGGCAAGUACAGAUCUUCCGGCUUCAGUCCCCAUCUGUGAAAUGGGCAGUGAGGGGGGAGCCUUCCUGCCGACGGGAGUUCUCGGUCAAGUUCCCCGCCCCAGCUGCGCCCACAUGGCCGGGCCCCUGCGGAGGGAAAAUGAGGUCCUCCCGCCCUGGGGGGGGUCGCGGGAGGGGCCACAGGAUCUCCUCCGGCGGGCGCGGGCGCCGGCCUUCACUAGCGCCCAGGGCGGUUCCGGGGUUCCCUGACCCCAGCGGCCGGCGCGCUGGCCUAUACGGUAACAGACGGGGAGGGCGCCUACUCCAGGCAAUACGGUGGCGGCUCCUCCCUUGUCGCGGUCACGUCCCCCACGUCCCUCGGCCCUGCGAGCGGGGCCAGGGCGGGGGGAGCUUGCUCCCUUCCCACACCCCUCCCUGUCUACCGCCGCAGCCCCACCAGGCCCAGCCGGCUGGUGGUGGGAGGGGCCUUUCCUGGCGAGGGGCUUGCUGAUGCCGAGACUCCUUCCUGGAAGGCACUAGCUUUAGGGUGGGGGGCGGCUACAGGGAGUGAGUGGGACAAGAUGGCCAUGUGAUGGGCAGGACAGGUAGUCCCGGGCUGGGCAGGGUCCAGGGCCACAGGGGGUUGCUUCGGACAGGCUCCGGCCUCUACUGCUCACUGGCCCCUUUGAGCCUUCUAGAGGAGGGUGCCCUGAUGGGUGAGCCCGCAGCCGUCCACAGGGCCACCCACAGGGCCCGUGGCCCCCUCCUUGUCACAUGGGGCACAGGGUUGGAGAGGGGCUGGCCCCAGUGCAGUGGCCAAUAUGAUGCACGAAACCAGCAUUUUUGCUCCACUGGCCUCUGCAAGAAGAUGUGAGCCCACCCGAGAGCUCCGAGGGCACUAGACAUGCCCCGGGGGCUUCGUGGUCAGUGGAAGCGGGGCAGAGGGCCCAGGCUGGGCUUGACAGGCCUGGCUCAUGCCUGGGGUAGUAUCCAAGGUCCACCUCCCUCCAGCCCCAGCUCUGCACAUGGGGGCGGGGGAGGGGUGUGGAUCUGGGGUCCUGCACAGGACCUGGGAAAGGGACAAGCACGCUGACCAGUGCUGCCUUCUGAGUCCUGGGCAGUCAGAGGCAUCGGUUAUGCUGUUACCUGUUUGCACAAUAAGAGAGUGGGGAAAGGAAGCAAGGGGGCCUGGGAGGCCCUCCCCCCUCCUAAAGGCGGGGCACUCCCAUGUCCAUCAACCACCCCCUUAUGCUCCGGGGGGACCUCGGGGCUCAAAGGAAGCCAGGUGCUAAGCCACAAUGGGGCUGUUUCUUGGUGCCCAGGCAUGUGUCCCAAGCCUCCUGGUGCAGGAAGAGUCCAGGAAGGAAUGCAGUUGCCCUUCUUGCCCGCCUACCUGGAGCUGGUCUCCAAGGACUGGAAGUCUGCUUAGAUAACUGGCCAGUCCCCUCAGAAGGCGAAACUACAGAGCACCUGGGAUAGGCCACAGGCUCUAGAGUCGGAGGCCACCACACUGAACCUAAGGGACAUGGCCUGCCCUGCAACCUGACAGGCCAGAGACCCAGGAGCCAAGCAGCUACUGCUUGGAAUCACCCAGAGUCUUCAGCAAACACCCCCCAACACAUGACACACCCUUGAAUCGGAGCCCAGACUCCCCCCAGGCAACUGAGUCAGGACGCACAAGCCGCCCUCCUGGCCAUGGGCGGUGCCGUGGUCGACGAGGGCCCCACGGGCAUCAGGGCCCCUGACGGGGGCUGGGGCUGGGCCGUCCUCUUCGGCUGCUUCGUCAUCACGGGCUUCUCCUACGCCUUCCCCAAGGCGGUCAGCGUCUUCUUCAAGGAGCUCAUGCGUGAGUUUGGGAUCGGCUACAGCGACAUGGCCUGGAUCUCCUCCAUCCUGCUGGCCAUGUUGUACGGGACAGGCCCACUCUGCAGCGUGUGCGUGAACCGCUUUGGCUGCCGGCCCGUCAUGCUUGCGGGUGGCCUCCUAGCGUCCCUGGGCAUGGUGGCCGCGUCCUUCUGCAGAAGCAUCGUCGAGCUUUACCUCACCGCUGGGGUCAUUACUGGCUUGGGUUUGGCGCUCAACUUCCAGCCAUCACUCAUCAUGCUCAACCGUUACUUCAACAAGAGGCGCCCCGUGGCCAACGGGCUGGCGGCCGCGGGCAGCCCGGUGUUCCUGUGCGCCCUGUCCCCACUGGGGCAGCUGCUGCAGGACCACUACGGCUGGCGGGGCGGCUUCCUCAUCCUGGGGGGCCUCCUGCUCAACUGCUGCGUGUGCGCCGCGCUCAUGAGGCCCCUGGAGGCGCCCGGGCCGACCUCGGGGCCCACGCCCCCGCGGCCAUCCCGGCGGCUGCUGGACCUGAGCGUCUUCAGGGACCGUGGCUUUGUCAUCUACGCGGUGGCCGCCUCCAUCAUGGUGCUGGGGCUCUUCGUGCCCCCCGUGUUCGUGGUGAGCUACGCCAAGGACCUGGGUGUGCCCGACACGCAGGCGGCCUUCCUGCUCACGGUGCUGGGCUUCAUCGACAUCUUCGCGCGGCCCGCCGCCGGCCUCAUCGCAGGCCUCAGGCAGGUGCGGCCCUACUCCGUCCAUCUCCUCAGCCUCUCCAUGCUCUUCAACGGCGUCACUGACCUCACGGGCUCCACGGCCGGCGACUACGGAGGCCUGGUGGUCUUCUGCAUUUUCUUCGGCAUCUCCUACGGCAUGGUGGGGGCUCUGCAGUUCGAGGUGCUCAUGGCGAUCGUGGGCACCCAGAAGUUCUCCAGUGCCAUCGGCCUCGUGCUGCUGCUGGAGGCCAUCGCUGUGCUCAUUGGGCCGCCGUCGGGAGGCAAGCUCCUGGAUGCGACGCACGCGUACCAGUACGUGUUUGUCCUGGCGGGGGCCGAGGUGCUGGCCUCCUCCCUCGUGCUGGUGCUGGGCAGUUUCUGCAUCAGGAAGAGGCCCGAGGCGGCCGUGGGGGAGGAGGAGCGCCACAAGCCCCCCGCGGAUGUGAGGGGGGACUCUCGGGAGGUGGAGCACUUCCUGAAAGCAGAGCCUGAGAAAAACGGGGAGGUCGUUCACACCCCAGAGACGAGCGUCUGAGCCCAGGCGGCCAGCGGGGGUGACGGAACCGGACAGACACUUCAACGCUCACGUUUAUUUCACAAACAGGACUAGCUCGGCCGUCCGUGUUUCUCCGGGGAGGUGGUGGGCUGGGAACCGUGUCAUUCCAAACUGUGGCGAAGACGAGCCGCGAGGUUACGAGCCGUCUGCACCGGGGACCCAGCCUGCUGACCCCGGAGCAGCCCGGUGCCCACCGCUGAGCUCAGGGACCUAGAAACCCACGCUUGAGACACAAUACGGCGGGCAUCAGAGGGCGGGGCUGGGGAGAGCCGGCAGAGCGGCACCGUCUCGGGAGGGGGCCUCCCCACGUGGCUGGCUGCGCUCCAUCCCGCCCUGUCUCCACCAUGACGCCCCAGCCCGCCCCUCACGGGGUGCCUGGGGGACAACACUCCCUUCCUUUGCCUCUGAAGGUCAGAAAUAAACCUGCGUGUGGGAGGAGCCACCUUGGAAGGAA